GCCAGCCAAUGAAUUCCCUCAGAUCCUGCAAUGGCCCGCUUUGCGCAUCAUGAUGGGCACUGCGCGGACAACCCGAGCCGAAACUGCCCUACCUGACCUCACCUCUUCCCGAGCUCUGACCAUUUCCCACGUCGAACGACUCCGAAAAUCAACCCGCCGCAAUCCCCCAAUUGAACCUGUCUCGCUGGUGAGCUGCUAGAAUCGCCCAACAUGUCUGACGACGAGCGCGUUACCAAGCCCUUCAAGUUCGUCACAGGUGGUGUCGACGCCCGCUUCCCGAACGUCAACCAGACCAAGCACUGCUGGCAGAACUACGUCGACUACCACAAGUGCAUUCUCGCCAAGGGCGAGGACUUCGCCCCCUGCCGCCAGUUCUGGCUCGCCUACCGGUCUCUGUGCCCCAGUGGAUGGUAUGAGCGGUGGGAUGCGCAGAGAGAGGCUGGCAACUUCCCUGUUCGUCUGGAUCAGUAAGGGGCUGCGGUAAAGGGGAUUUUGUCCAAGCCGGGGUCUCUCGGUCUGGACCAUGUUAUAGUAGGCUCAAGACAGUAGAAAGAGGACAUGGAGAGUUGGGAUUGUUCCAUUUGUACACAUCACGGUGACACUACAGUGGGCAAGAACACCAAAGAGAACUGCUGUGUUUCAAAUAGCAUACCGAGAGUGCCUG